UUGAAUAAUUUACGGCGGUUAUUCGGUCGGGAGAUAGUUCAUUAUUUCGUUUAAACUUUUUUCGGCUCCCAAUUCGUGAUGAUAUUUGAAUUAUAAAACACUAUGGCAUCAAAAAAUUGGAGAAAGGUUGAAAAUGAAGCUGGUUACCCGUGUUACAUUGAUGAAUCAACGGGCAAUCAGCAAAAUGACCAUCCGGAAUAUCAAAAAAUAAUGGAAUCCUUAGAAGAAUAUAAUGGAAUAAAGUACAGUGCAUAUAGAAUAGCAUUCAAAAUAUUUGCAUUACAGAGGCAUCUUAGAGUACCUCCUUUAAGAAUAGCAUCAGGAGUAUUUGCCCGUCAUCAGCUCAGCCUAUCAGAGACUAGCCUCUCUCUGGAGACGGCAGAGUUGGAGUCUGUCCUAGCAGACAUAUACUUCGCUGCGGAGAAGGAGGGAUUGUUCACUGGAGAUGUUGACCUGGCUGUGGAUCUGCUCAUCAAUUUGUUACUUAAUGUCUAUGAUAAAGAACGGAAAGAACCAAUCAGGGUUCUGGCAGCGAAGACUCUACUCAUAAUUCUAAGUGAGGAGACUGUCACUGACAAAUGGCUAGCCCUGGCCAAUUGCUGUGCGGAUCAUAACGGCUGCGUGUCCCCGCGGAGGUUGGCAGUGCUACUGACACAUGUCGCUGAUCUCCCGCAGUGCCUCGGAUGCCAGACGGACCAGAUACAAGUGGAUGUCGAUGCUUGUUUUGACAAGAACGCAGGCAUGCUCGGGGUAAGCGCGCGCGCAGUUGCCGAGUGGGGUGCGCAGCACUGCGUCAGUACUCGGUGGCUGUCUGUAGCACAGCGCGUCACAGCCAGCAGGAACAGCGCCAGCGCUACCUCUACUUGCGCGGCGUGUGCGCAGCCGCUCAUACAGGUGCUCAAAUUCAGAUGCUCGAAGUGCAGCGAGGUUUACUUCUGCGAGAAGUGUUAUUUAUAUGACAAGGACUUGUCCGCAGUCAGCGGUCAUAAGAAGACGCAUGUUGUACAUGAGAUUAUUGACGGAGAGACUCACCCCUCUCAAUGCCUAAGCUUCAUUAAAACAAUGAGGAGAUUUUUCUUCUGCACGAAGACUAGAAAGAAGAAAACUGCGAGAUGUACAAAGAGCUCAAAGAAGACAGAGAAGGAAAGUGGUACAGCAAGAAGAAGGAAGGAUGGCAAGCCAGCCAUGUUCACGUCCACUGUUGGCAAAGCUUCUGGGCACGCGGCCAGUAAUCCUGCUUCUAUGCUGCAGGAUAUUAUUGCACAGUUGGAAAGUCAGAAUAAGGCUCUUAAAGAGCUUUCAACGCAACUGGAGAGUGUUGCUAAGUCGUCACAAGGAGACGAAGAUUUGAAGCAGCGAGUUGAUGUACACUAUAAUCAGAUAUCUACACAAAUUAGCAGGCUCAAGAUCGUGAAGGAAAACUUAACCCUAACCCCAGAACCUCAAUCUGAGACUCAGAAACCAGAAAAGGCCGACCGUCCUCAAGCGUUCGACUUAUUUAGCCCCAUACCGAUAGAAGAAAACAAGCAAUCAAAGGUCAAUGACAUGCUUAAAACCCAGCCACGGGUUCUAAGUCUGGACUCUGGCAAUUUCUCAGUGACUUCGAAGCAGGCUGAUACCCAGAAUCUACUGACUAUGUCCGGAGAUGCUUUGAAGCCUAUAGUGGUGCAUGCAACGUCGGAUAGCAUAUCUACUGUCUCUAUGAAUGAUAUUAGCAACUGGUACAAUGAAACGGAAUCGCUUGCUCCCGACAAGCGCAACAAAAAGUCGGACGCGACGCAGUCCAUCUCUAUGACGGAGCAGCGGUUCGCGGCCGACAUCCGGAGCGUGGCGCACAGCAACCACAAGAUGAAGGAGCUCAACGCGGACCUCGACACAGUGCUCGACCGCCUGCAGCAGAUACUCGCUCACAACUUCGCCGUUGACGACUCGUGUUUCGACAACACACAACUGCGUGAGACGGCGAAUGAGAUGGAAGGUUUGCUCGGCACUCUGAUCCGCGGCGUGGAGCAACGUGCCACACUCAACGCUACUAAAGGACUGGUAUAAAUAAAUACACUUACUAUACUCCAUUACAAAUAGCUUGACUAGAAUGACAGCUAGACAAAAAUAUUGUACAAAUAGUGCGAAAGAGACAUACAGGAAUAUAAAUUGACUGACUUCUGUCAUUCUAUCUAACCAAGUUAUUUUAAUGGGGUAUAUAGUUUGACCGCUAGCAUACCGCGCUUUCAGUCGCUACAGACGUGCGGGAAAGAGAAAGCAUGAGUUGUAAUGAUAAACGACAGACAGAGACACAUAGAGUGGAUCUGCUCCGUCCUCGCGUCAGAAGCGAGCGGUCAAACUGUACCUUUCUCGGGCAGGUGCCUUUAUAUUACUUAUAAGCAAUGUAUUUUGUAAAUGCUAUUUUUUUUACGUUUGACGUAUGUCAUUGACAAGGCCUGGCGCCUAAGCGCCGUGUUGUGAUCAGCACAUAUUACCCUCAAUAUAUAUCGCACACAGGGAUUUGAAUUUGUAAUUGAUACCCGAGUUGAGAGACCGCUCGACAUACAUCAUUAGGACACGUAGAUUGAAAAUGCAACGCGCGGUGAAUACAAACACAUGACGGUGUAUGAAAGUGUUUACGCCACAGAAUUCUUGAAAUAGAGAGAAGCCGCGGGAGCAUAGCCGGCGAGACCGUAAUAUGCACAAAACGAUCAUAUUAUAUGACGCAACGAAUUAUUAUAAAAUUUUCCACAUCGUUAAUUGCCUCUUUGGUAUCCCGCAACCACAACUAGCGCUUGUUACUACGCAAUCUUCUUCUUAUCGGUGUCAGGGUAAUUACUGAACUACGCAAUGAACGGCAGGAAAUCGAUGUAGCGGUCUAGCCAGAAAUGUCUUGGUGCGGCCGCUUCACACGCCGACUUGAGUUAACAGGCAACAUGCGGACGUGUAAUUUAGUUAUGGCGGCAUAUCUUGUUUCUAUGAUCUGUGGUUCACGUACUAGGGUUGUCACGCGCGAUUUAUAUAACCAAGAAAUGAUCUACCGCGCUUCCAUAAACGAUGCCAUAGUGUAUGAGGUAGUCAGA